ACUCCAGGUGACUGGAGGCUCUAGCUAGACGUGCGCAGUGUGCGCGCUCCCAGCACACACGACAGUGUCCCUUCUAGAAGUGAAGGGUAUCCAAAAUUUGCCUUUUUAGGUGUUAGUCCAGGGCAGGACUGAAAAGAAAGACGCAUCUCUGCUCCUGGGCUUCAGCGUUAAAUGCUGAAGUAUCUGCUGGGCAGCUGCCCUGUUCCUAGAGGAGGCCUGUUGCCAAGCAGGUAAUUGCACGAGUGGAAGCAGGGCUGCUCUCUGCCCUGGGAGGCCCCCCCCCCCGCAUCCUAAGGAGGGUGAAGCUGGCUGAGGACAGUCGCUCUCUGCCCUCGCUCCAGGGCGUGCUGAGAUAAGGAAGGGCCCCUGCUCCUGUCUGUGCUUUCUGGCGGCAGAGCAGAGGCCCUUGGGUUUUUUGGCCUUGGUGGGGAGAGUCUCUUAGCUGCCCUUUCCCCUUAUUCUGGCAAAGGCCAUUGUCUGCAGAGGCAGAAUGCAUGCCAUCGUGGCCCCCAGGUAAGACUUCUCAGGUGAAUGCAAAUCCUUAGAAUGCGCUUUUUGUGAUCAGAGGUUUUAGGGUGCGUCCUUAUUCUAGUCUAAGUGUUUUGCCUCAAAUGCAUUCUUAAAAUUGUAAACUGCUGGGCAUCUGCUGGAUUACAGGAGAGGGCGGAUCGCUAAAGGCCGAAGCCAAGAGGAACUCAGGCUGAAUUCACACACUCCCCUGUUUUGGUGGGAUGAGUCACCCAAACUCCGCCCUCUCCCACGUGGCCCCUGUUUGGGAACGCUUGCCUGAAGAGGUUGGAGGCAAAGAUCUUGGUGACUCACCUGCAGUUUCACACAUCUGUGAAGUGGAGCGUGGCGUGUGUGACCUCCUGUGGGAAUGCUGAGAGGGAACCGAGCCACACAGGCCGGCAGGAGUGGAGCAGGCCGGGCUGCUGGACGGAGAGAGGGAGCUUGUUCUGGGACUGGGAAAAGUCUGCGUCUCCAAAGGGGGGACCGUUGCUGACCUGGAGGAAGUGGGCCACAAGCAGGGAUGUGAAAUGGAGGAGCACGUGUGCCUCUGGGAGCCGAGCGGCGAGAGAGAGGCGGCUCUGCCGGAUCCUCCCACGCCAGAUGUGCCAGGCCUGGACGCUGCGAGCAGCUCAGGCUGUGAAGGCACCAGUUUGUGGGCUGUUCCUCUGCAGGACUGUUCAGUGCCCCCUGGAGCCUGGCCAGGCCUGUGCACGUGGCAGUGUUGGCAUCAGAGGGUCUUGGAGCACCUGGCGCAGGAGAAGCCCCCCCAAAGCCCCUCAAGGAUUGCUCAGGUGACGUUUGAAGAUGUGGCGGUCUAUUUCUCCCCAGAGGAGUGGGCUGAGCUGACAGCCUGGCAGAAGGCCCUAUACUGGGAUGUGAUGAAGGAAAACCACACCCUGGUGGCCUCUCUAGCUUCUGCGCAGGACAACCAGCCAGAGAUCCUAUCCCGGAUAGCACGAGGGGAGGCCCCUCCCCUUCAGGAGGGAACCUGGGAAGCCACUCCCGAAGUCUCCAGCCUGGGAGGCGGGACUGACGGCCCCUCUUCUCUGUGUGGGACAGCCUGCAGGAACGUGGCUCCCCGGGGAGUUGGGGGCCAGCUGGACGCAGAGCGGACAAGCAAGAAGACUGACUCGGAAGAAGAAGAAGGGGUAGAAGUUCCCGCUGCCUCCAGUCCUGACCCCAAGUUCUGUGUCAAGCAGGAGGAGAAGCUGAAGGGCCCGCCUCCCUAUGACUGCAAGGACUGUGGCCAGAGCUUCCCAGAGAGAGAGACCCUCAUCUCCCACCUGCUCCGCGUCCACUUCAGCGAGCGAGCCCUGCCGUGCCCAGAGUGUGGGAAGUUCUUUGGCACUCUCGGGAGCCUCGCAGCCCACCAGAGCAUUCAUCGCCGGGAGCAGCCGGGCUUCACCUGCAUCGACUGCAACAACAACUUUGUCUACGAGGAGCAAGAGGCGGGACGGAUCCGCACACAGCUGGCCCUGGGAAAGCUCUUCAAGUGCUUCAGUUGCAGCUGCAAAACCGCCCUUCUGGCGGACCAGAAGCCCGACUUGCUCCACGGCUCCCUUCCCUUUGGACAGCCAGACGACAUGUACUGUAGCCACCAGAAAGCCAUGGAGCAGGUCCGCCAGCGGGCGGCUCACUGGACUAUCUCCGAGACCAAAGCCUUUGUGGAGCUGUGGGGGGACGACUGUGUCCAGACGGCGCUCUACGACAACUACCGGAACGAGGUGCAAUACAAGCGCCUCUCGGAUAAGAUGGGGAAGCUGGGCUUCCACCGCAACCUGGAGCAGUGCCGGCAGCGAGCCAAAGAUCUGCGGAGGGGCUUCAAGGAGAUCAAAGACGGCAACCUCCACUCCAACCGUGCGCGGCAGACUAUGCCUUUCUUCUCCCUGCUGGACCGCUUCCUGAUGAUCAGCCGGGGACUAGUUGUCCCCAAGGUCUGUGCCAACCGCGCCAAGCAGAAGGGCCGAAAGAGCAGGCAUCGAAGGGAGGAGAUGCCGGGCAAGCCACGGUUCAUGCCCAUGCUGUCCCUCGAUGGUUCUGACUUGCACCAGCUGCCUCUCCCAGACCAGGAACGCUGCGUCCAAACCGUGGGGCUCCCCGACUACCGGCUCCAGAGGCCCCACCAGGGCCAAUACAGCCAGGCGGCGAGUACUCCUGGCUUCAAGGGGCAUCUCUCCAAGCAGGACCCUACAGCCCCUGUGAGGGGGGUUCCCAGCUACCAGCUGCCCAGGCAAGAGGAAAGCACCUCACACCCCCGGGCUGUGGGACUCCCUGGCUUCCCACUGCGACUGCAAGGCCAUGACCCCUCCGCUGUACCCCGUCACCUCCAGCAGCAAGAGAUGGUGCUGGCUCCUUUCAACGGGCUCUCUGCCGCCAGCAGCUUUUGGCAAGAGAUCACUUCGCUGGCACCUGAGCACCCCUCCAGCACUGCAGCUCAGGGGAGCACACAGACUUGGCAUCCAGGGAAGGCCCCCAGUUCCUCUGCAAAACGCAUGCGUGAUCUCCGCUUACGCCGCAGAAGGCAACGUGCGGCCAUGGCGCGCAUGUUACUCGGGGCCAGUUACCGCCCAAAUGACCGGACAGUUUGGAGCAAGACCCAAAAAACAGACUGGUGGGAUAACCUGGUUGCUGGCCAGUUUGAUGACGGGGAGUGGGUCCGCUACUUCCGCAUGUCCCGGGAGGCAGUGCUGGACCUGGUUGAGAAGUUGCGGCCUGUGCUGCAGCGUGAGGACACCAACAUGCGCGCUGCCAUCCCUGUUGACAAGCGAGUCGCCCUCACCCUCUGGAAGCUGGCCACCUCAGACAGCUACAGGUCUGUCGCCAACCAGUUUGGCGUUGGGGUGUCCACGGCAUCAGUCAUUGUGAUGGAGGUGUGUGAGGCUAUUCACGACGUGCUGUUGAAGCACAUCAUCCGCCUGGGAGAUGCGCAGGCCGUCAUGGGUGGCUUCGAAAGGGUCGGCUUUCCCAACUGCCUUGGGGUGGUGGACGAGACCCACAUCCCCAUCCUCUGCUCGCCACACGUAGGUUAUGCCUACAUCAACGGCAAAGGCCUCGUCUCCAUGGUUCUGCAGGCCCUGGUGGACAGCGCAGGCCAGUUCAUGGACGUGUACGCGGGCUGGUCUGGCGGGAUGCAGGACUCCGGCCUGCCAUGGGGCUCCCCCCUCUUCGAGCGGAUGGAAAAAGGCACUUUUGGGCCUCAGACGACCACUGAGAUCGAAGGGGUAGCUAUGGGCCCGGUCCUGCUGGGGGGGCCUGCUUGCCCCCUGAGGCCGUGGCUUAUGAAGCCCUACCCCAAUGUCACAGGCGGGCCCCGAGAACACUUCAACGCCAUCUUAAGCAAGUGCCGCAUGGCUGUGACAUAUGCUUUCGAGAGGCUGAAAGGGCGCUGGCGGUGCCUGCUCAAGCGCCUGGAUGUGGCGGAGAAGAACGUGCCUCUGGUUAUCACUGCCUGCUGCAUCCUGCACAACAUCUGUGAGAGCAGGAACGAGGCCAUGCAGGAUGGGUGGGAGGAGGGCAUGGACUACGCAGAUCUGCCCUCUGCGGCCUUGGAGAGCCCUGGGGACGGCCCCUCCGACCUGGAAGAGAUGGGGGAAGCGCACAGCAUCCGCGAGGCAUACUGUGCUCUCUUUGAGAAGAGGCGGCAGGAGGAAGAGCUGUGAAAAGAGAAAGGGCUGUGUGUGUGUGUGUGCGCACGUGUGUGUGUAUGCCCCCCCCACCCGUGCUUGGCACCCCCUUCCCAGGUUUGACGUUGCUCAAGAGGGGUGGGGACAAGGGAUGGGCUUACUCAGGUUACAUUCCCCUUCUGUGCGUCCCUGCUUCAGAGAGGAAAGGGACACACGCUGGUGAAGUACACCUUUACCGGUUGCACUGUUUUACCUUUUCUAAACCUUUUCUAAAAUCUUCUUAGCUGGAGGUUGUAAACCUUAAUCCUGAACCGCUUCAAUAAAUGGGUUUCUUCUUC